AUGGUGCAGCUCAUCUGCUCGGCCGCGGAGGGGCUGUCCUCCUUCGAGGGGUUCCAGGGCUGGUUCAUGAUCUGGAUCGCCUUCUCGAUGUUCGGGUACCUCGUGCUGACGGGGCUGUCGAUCGCCGCGUUCGUGUACUGGUACGUGUACCCGACGUACGAGAAGUGGUGCACGAAGACCAACCCGAGAUACCCCUCGCCGACUUACGUGGCCGGGGAGUUCUUCCUCGGGGGGGUGCUCGGUCCUCUAGCCGUGACCUUCGUCUCCUCCAUCCACCUCUACCUCAUCGGCAACGGCACGUUCAGGCAACAUUGCGACACCCCGUUGACGUGGCAGCACCGCUUGUUGUCGGCUCUGGUGGGCGUCGUGAUAAUUGAUUUCUACGAGUGGGGGUGGCAUUACCUUGGUCAUUGGGUGGAAAGCCUCUGGACAGUCCACAAGCAUCAUCAUAAGUACUACAACCCGACGCCUUUCGGCACCAUAGCAGAUUGGCCUAUGGACAAUUUGAUGCGGUCGCUGUACCCUAUAGUAUGCUUCGCGGUCUCCCUCACAUUGUUCGGGCAGUACUUGGACAUUGACGUGCUGUACCUCGGCCUGGGCUUCGUUCUUCAGGUCUACGGCAUGUACCUGCACUGCGGGCACGAGUUGGAGUGUCUCCCCUACAACAGCAAAAUCUGGAACACUAGCUUCCAGCACUACGUCCACCACGCGGUGUCGGUGAAGAACAAGCCUUUCCACACAGGAUUCUUCGUGAAGCUGUGGGACAACCUGGCAGGCAGCGUUUACGUUGGCACACAGGUGAUCCCCGCGCUGGAGGACCAAAAGCUCGGCAACAGGUCUCGGGAGCGCUGGGAGAAGGAGGUGGAGCCCAAUUUGCCCGACUACAGCGUGUUGCUCUCCCCCAGCUGGUGGCUCAACAACUGGCACCUGGCGCCGGGCCUCAGCAUCUGGACCAUGUGA